AUGGAGAGCUCAUAUGAGCCAGAAGUUCAGCUAAAGUUGGUGGGUGGUGGUGGAUCCAUAGUUCCACCCAUACCUCAGCCUGUGGAACGGGAACAGUGGUCUAGCAAAAUUGAAUUCUUCUUGGCUGUUGCUGGACACAUAGUUGGCCUUGGAAAUGUGUGGAGGUUCCCUUACCUGUGCUACAAGAAUGGUGGAGGUGUUUUCUUCAUUCCGUAUGUAGUGUUUCUUUUUGCCUGUGGUAUGCCUCUUUUCUUCCUGGAGACUUCCCUGGGCCAGUACACCAGCCAAGGGGGCAUCACCUGUUGGAAGAAAAUGUGUCCACUUUUUGAAGGAUUGGGCUAUGGAAGUCAGGUGGUUGUUUUGUACACUGGAAUCUAUUACAUCAUCAUUCUGGCCUGGGCGUUCCUCUACCUGUUCCAUUCCUUCAGCUCUGAGCUGCCCUGGGCGAGCUGCCGGAACUACUGGAACACAGAAAACUGCUUUGAGUAUGACCAGACAAAUCUGACGGAGGAUACCAGUGUGAAAACAACAUCGUCAGUUGUUGAAUUCUGGGAGAGGAGGAUUCUGGGACUGUCUCGUGGGAUUGAGGAGCUGGGUGUUGUGAGAUGGGACCUGGCCCUGUGUCUUCUGCUGGCCUGGAUCAUUUGCUACUUUUGUGUUUGGAAAGGAGUGAAGUCCACUGGCAAGGUGGUGUACUUCACAGCUACCUUCCCCUAUGUGAUGCUGCUGGUACUGCUGGUCCGAGGGCUCACUCUGCCUGGAGCAGCUGAUGGCAUCAAGUUCUACCUCUACCCUGAUCCAGCACGCCUGGCUGACCCACAGGUGUGGAUGGAUGCUGGGAGCCAGGUAUUUUACUCCUAUGGAGUGUGCACUGGUGUCUUAACAGCUCUUGGGAGCUACAACAAAUAUGAUAACAACUGUUACAAAGAUUGUAUUUACCUGUGCCUGCUGAACAGUCUGACCAGUUUUGUGGCCGGUUUUGCCAUUUUCUCUGUAUUGGGGUUCAUGGCCCAUGAGCAGGGGCUGGAUAUAUCUAUGGUUGCUGAAUCAGGCCCUGGGUUGGCAUUUAUAGCAUAUCCUCGUGCUGUGGCUUUAAUGCCUCUUCCUCAACUGUGGGCCAUUUUCUUCUUCAUCAUGAUUGUGUUCCUUGGGUUGGAUAGUGAGUUUGUCUGCCAUGAAGCUUUGGUCACAGCCAUCUCCGACAUGUAUCCAUCCUUCUUCCGUGGGCAGAAUAAACGCAAAAUCCUCCUCCUUCUCAUCAGCAUUGUGAGCUUCCUCAUUGGCCUGGUAAUGGUGACAGAGGGUGGCCUCUAUGUGUUCCAGCUGUUUGAUUACUACGCAUGUAGUGGUAUGACUCUGCUGACCUUUGCCAUUUUACAGUCAGUUUGCAUUGGAUGGGUGUAUGGUGCAGAGAAUAUGUAUGACAACAUUGAAGACAUGAUCGGCUACCGGCCUUGGCCUGUGAUGAAAUAUUGCUGGCAAUAUGUAACACCAAUUGUGUGCAUGGCCACACUUGUCUUCUCCAUUGUGAAGUAUACCCCCCUGCAGUUCAACAACACGUAUGAGUACCCAUGGUGGGGGUAUGCUAUUGGUGGACUCUUCACCUUGUCCUCCACUCUGGUGGUGCCUUUGUGGAUGGUAUAUGCCAUCUGUACCACACCAGGAACUAUGCGUGAGAGGAUACAAACACUGUGCACCCCUGCAAAGGACCUGCCAAGUGGCCAGUCCCGACAGAAAGAGCUCCAGCUGGUCACGUUUGAGACGUUCACCGCCCUACAGACCCUGCGCCCGGGCAGCACCACCCUACAGACCCUGCGCCCGGGCAGCACCACCCUACAGACCCUGGGCCCGGGCAGCACCACCCUACAGACCCUGGGCCCGGGCAGCACCACCCUACAGACCCUGGGCCCGGGCAGCACCACCCUACAGACCCUGGGCCCGGGCAGCACCACCCUGCGGAGCCUGCGCCCGGGCAGCACCACCCUGCGGAGCCUGCGCCCGGGCAGCACCCACUCAGACUCACUGAGGACCAGUAGAAUAACAUAA